AUGGCUCCACUGGAAUCAAAAGAAGCUGGAUCUGAAAAAAGCCUAACUGAUUGUCAGUCCGACAUAGAAAUGUGUACAUUAGGUGGAAAUCAGGAUAAGAGGGUAGAGAAGAAACGUAUGGAGGACUUUGUUGAACUUGGCUGGUAUAUUGUACUUAUCUGCUUGGCUGCUGAAAUUAGCGUUCUAUGCAAUGGAAGCAAUAUUUUUUUUAUGAUUUAUGCAGGUGCUGGACCAAAAGUUGUAGAUGGUGAAAGUAGUAGCGGAAACACUUUUAACUUUAGUGGCUGUGCUGAUAUUACUGCAAAUCGAACAGGGGAGCAAACCACCAAAUUAAUGGAGUAUCAGUUUCGUUCAGUGAACGUUGAGUUUAAUCUGCUCUGUGACGACAUACAGUAUGUUAAACACAGUAUCUCCGUGCAAAUGAUCGGUGUUUUGGCUGGAGCUGCUUGUUUUGGACAAAUAAGCGACUCGUUUGGCAGGCGAUUCGUCGGCAGUUUUAUAUUUUUACCAAUAUUACUUUUGAAAAAUUUUCCGGCAUUGUUUUACAAAUUUUUGAUAUCAACAGUUCACCGAGUGGCUACUAUUAUGCUAAGCUUGGUAGGAGUAAUCGUCACAUGCUUUAUAACUUCUUUUACUAAUUCAUUGCUAACCUUUACAAUUUGGCGAACAAUUUCUGGGAUUUUCACUGGUGGAAAUUUAGUUGUACUUUUCGUUUUCAACACAGAACACAUCCCAAAAAGACAUCGUGGUUGGAUCACAGGCUUGAUUACUUGGUCACCAAACGCUAUUAUCAAUGCAGGAAUAGCAUAUUUAAGUGGAGAUUGGCGAACACUGUGUAGAAUGAUUAGUUUGAUUGGUCUGCCAGGAUUACUUUUGUACUGCUUUAUUCGUGAAAGUCCUCAGUGGUGUCUUCAGAAAGGCAAAUUUGAUGAGGUCGAAAAGACAAUUCUAACAAUGCGAUCGAUAAACAGAUCAAAGGAAAGCAAUACGAAAGUGCUACAAGAAAUUAAAGAAAUGAUUGAUUACGAAAAUAAACAGAAUCGUUUCCUAAAGAGCACUAGACUUUCCUUGCUAAGAUUUACAGUUCUGAAAUUUUUUAGUGCUACGUUAAGUUUGAUCAACUACGGCUUACUCUUUCACAUGGAGAAACUGUCUGGAUCCAUUUAUUGGAAUAAUGUCUUCUUUGGGGCAUUUCGGUGGCUUGUAAAUAUUUUGUUCGGUCAAUUGGAUUUUUUCAUCAAGUCGUUUGGAAGAAAACCGGCACAGUUUGUCACUUCCGCCUAUAUUAUAACUGCUUUGGGAAUAAUAAUUGUGGUCCAUGUAAAAGACUCUGUAUCCUCGAAUGGAAUAAUUGUGCGACUUACGACACUCAGCGCUGCUGCUCUUUGUUCUCAGGGUUAUAUAACCAAAACUUUGGCUACCAUAGAGUUAUUUCCAACAGCAAUUAGGAAUUUGGCUAGCUCAUUUAUGGGAACAAUGAGUCGGGUUGGCAUAAUUUUUGCUCCACAAAUUUUUAUACUGAGUUCGUACUGGCCUGCACUACCGUAUGUUGUUAUGUGCGCAAUGGCGCUUGUAGACUUGACUGCUUUCAUGUGCGUGAUAACUGAAAGUAAAGGUAAGCCACUGGUGGAUCACUUGCCAACGAAGGAGAAAAAGAAGAGGACUGUUCGAAAGCUUUGA